AUGGCGGUCGAAGAAGUGCGAAUUAAGAACAAGAUGAAACGGCAGCAAGUGAUUGCCGACAUCAAAGACCAAAAGAACAAGGAACGGCACAAAAUGAGAAAGCAGCGUGAAAAACAUGAGCGUGAAAAUCCAGAGUUGAAGGAGCAAAGACUGGAGCAAAACGUUCCUAACACGAUAGAAAAUACACGAGUGUAUGACGAGACCAUUAAUCAGCCUAUAGAGGCAGAUGAGGACGAAUUGGCGAGAUUUUUCAAUACCAGCAAUGAACCACCAAAAAUUCUGCUGACCACGAAUGUGAACGCCAAGAAAAAGGCGUACGAGUUUGCGAAUAUCCUGAUCGAAGUUUUGCCCAACGUAACUUUUGUCAAAAGGAAAUUUGGAUUCAAACUCAAGGAAAUCGUGGAAUUUUGCAACAACAGAAACUAUACAGACCUCGUGAUAAUCAACGAAGACAAAAAAGUUGUCACUGGGCUCACGUUCAUCCAUCUACCCGAGGGCCCCACUUUUUACUUCAAAAUAAGCUCUUUUGUCGAAGUGCAAAAAAUUGUAGGACAUGGUCGUCCUACAAGUCACAUCCCGGAAUUGAUCUUGAACAAUUUCCACACUCGUUUGGGCCAAACUGUAGGCCGUCUGUUCCAGUCCAUAUUUCCUAAGAACCCAGACUUCGAAGGCCGCCAGGUGAUCACGCUUCAUAACCAGCGCGACUACAUCUUUUUCCGAAGGCACAGGUACAUUUUCAGAAACGAGAAGAGGGUCGGUUUGCAAGAGCUAGGUCCUCAAUUUACAAUGAAGCUACAGCGUCUGCAACGCGGCGUUAAAGAAGAGACUGAAUGGGAACACACUCCGGAAAUGGAUAAAGAGAAGAAGAAGUUUCAUUUAUGA